AAUUUUCUUCCUUCCUCCUUCAUUUGAUCGUCGGUGUUUGUAGCGUGCGGUGAUCGUUAUUGUGCAAAGUGCGGAGCACGUGCUAAAGCAUUUAAUCAACUACCAAUUUAUUUUAAAUUUAUUAAAAUAAAUAUGGCAGACGCAGCUGUCGACAAAAAAGAGGUCGCGCCCGAAGAGGUUACCUCAACAGAGGUAAAAGAAUCUCCAGUUAAGAAAUCUCCCGCCAAAAAAGUUGCAGAGGAAAAACCAGAAAGUAACGGCAAGGAGGAGAAUGGCAGUGGAGAUGCCCCUGAGGAAACCCCUGCCGAGAAUGGUGACGAAAGCAACGAUGCUGUUGAAAAUGGUGACGCUGAAGAGACAGAAAAGAAAGACACUGGUGUAAAGAGGAAAUCUGCUGCUGCCGACAACGGUGACGUCACAGAAAAGACGACGCCGGAGAAGAAACAGAAGGUUUCAGAAGAAGCACCUCCCGCUGAAGCGGAGGCCUAAACCUUUUGUCCUGCUUGGUUUACUGCAAUGCAUCUUGUUCAUUAGGGCCCAACUCUUCUUACCUUGUACUUCUACAAACCCAUAGAUACCUAUUUUGUACUCCCUUUUACAAGAGUUGUGCUCUAUGGACACCACUAAGGUUUAAUUGCGAUUAAACUUACCUGUGAAAAUGUACCUGUAAAGUGUAAAUUUAUGUUUGGGUUGUGCAUCGCAGUGAACUGAACUUUGAAUUAAAUUCGGUGUUGUAUGCUGUUCUGCGUGACUCGGCAUGGGUUUAAGUUAAAUCGGUCAUAACAGUCUGCCAGUACUGCCAAAGGAUUCACCUCGGUGAGAUCAUUCGAUCCGUUCUGUGAACGACGCGUUAAACAGCUUCCGAAAUACAAGGUUUAGAUAAAGUAAGAUUUAAAUUUAGAUAAUUCAUUUGUAAAUUUAAGUUAGCAGUAAAAUGUCGCACAUUAAUUAAUAGGCAUUAAUACUUAACAGUAAAACAUUCCUUGACUACAAAUUGUGUUGUGAAAUUGUAGUUGCUGAAUUAGUAAUUUCUCAUUUAACAAUUGAAAAAUAUGUUUUAUUUUCUUAUGUAUUUAUUUCGAGACAUUCUUCGAAGUGAAGAUGGCGGUGCCUGCUUUCACUCGUCUGAAUCAGUUUUCUAUACCAUUUUCAUAUUUAUGACGUAAUAAUUGUAAGUUACGAAGUUCAAAGUUGACGUAUAAGGUGAUAGUUAUUGACAUACUAAUACUGUGUGCUAUUUUUUGUACUUCUUAUGGUUCUUACCAUAUUUUUUUUAUUUAUUUUGCUUUGAUAAAUAUGUGAUAGAAAACUUCGAAUAUAAGAUCUUUAUCUAUUCCGAUACAGAUUGUAAGGAAAUAUUGACUAACUUUAAAUGUUUCUGGCAAUAAAUAGUUCAAUCUAAA